GUAAACAUUAACAGUAAAGUGUAUUGAUAAAAUAAUUAAUGUUUAUUUAUUUAUAUACACAAAAUUAUUGUUCUUUUAGUGUACUUCAGAGAAUAUGUUUAAACCAUUACCAAAGUUCCAAAGAUCCAAAGAUAAAAGGAAAGGAAAUAUAUGACAGCUAUUUCGAGCCACGGAUUUUGAAUCGUUGAUGUAUCCUUGCUUCACUAUUUGCCGUAUUCUGGGGUUGUUUCCAUAUCAGAUCAAUGCUUUAAACAUCAAAAUUUGCAGAACAUACUAUGUUCAAUCGACCAUCAUUACCUUUGUCUCUUGUGUUUACUUACUAUACAAUAUCUAUCACUACAAUUUUUCUGAAGAUAUAGAGGACAUCGACUUACCCAUACCCAGGAAAUUGAAUGAUAACUGCGGUAACAUUUCCAUUUUUCUUGUGACAGUUAUUACGUUUAUUUUAAGUAAACCACGAAUGCGUUUAAUUCAAACCAUACUGGAACUCUCUUCAAGAUUAUCCUUGGAAUCAUAUCAAAAUCUAUCUAAAUUAAUCCAUGCCAAGGACAUUCUUUGUCUAGUUUAUAUAUCCGCGCCAUGUUCGAUACUUAUAUUCUUUUCUAAAAACAUCGGAAACUUUAUAACACUGAUGUUCUUACUAUACCAAACUUUGAUGAUGUUUCAAAUGGAUAUGUUAUAUAUGAAUUGUGUUUUUGUAUUAAAAGCUUGUUUCAAGCAAAUCAACGAUAAUUUGAUGAAUCUAACAAAAUCAGUAACGAAUGCUGAGCCACAUAUUCUUAGAGGAACCUAUUAUAAUGAGAGAAAUCCAUUGGUAAAAAUCAAGGCUUUGGAAAAGCAACAUUUGGCGAUUAGCAAUGCAGUGCAAGAGCUAAAUAUGAUUUUCAGUUUGCAACUUCUUGUUUCCAUAAUUAGAAUAUUUGCCGCAGUCACUUUUCUGUUAUACUUUGUUACAAUGCGUUGGAAAAUUGGCAUGAUGAUAAAUGAUAUAAACAGCCUGAUGUUCGAUAUGUUUAUGAUAUACGGUAUAACACGUCCUAUUUUUAAAUUGGUAUUGUUAAUAUGGGUUUGCGAAACUGGCAAGAAUCAAGCUGUUGAUAUCAACGCCACCGUCCACAGCGUGCUAAACAGCAUCAGCGAUAAGGAAAUAAAACGCGAGCUGCAGUUAUUCGCUCUGCAAUUAUUGCAUCAUAAAAAUGUGUUCUCUGCAAAAUGGUUUGAUAUGGAUGUAGCACUUUUCACUGCUAUGGUGGGCGGCAUUACCAGGCACUUAAUAAUUUUGAUACAAUUCCUGUACCCUUGCAAUUAAACUUAGGUUAAUUACAAUUGAUUUAGAUGUAAGCUAAUUAGUAAGAUAUUUGAUCAAAUAAAAAAAGAUAGGUAUUAGAAUAAUUAUUUAAAUAUUUUUUUUUAUCAUUGUAAGUGAAAAUAUUCUUAUAAUUAAUUUCCAUACUGUUUUUUACUCUGUUUAUACACAGAGGAAGAGAGGAUAUUAUGGCUACAAUAGACUUUAGGACUUAUUGUGUCCGUUAUUAAGUAACGCUUUCUAACGAGUGCUAAUAAAAUUAUUUAUUUAA